AUGCCUCUUACAUCUCUCUCAUUUAUCAUUCCACUAUCAUACGGAUCCAUAUUCAUUCUCGGCUAUAUAUGGCUAGCAAUCCUAAUAAUGAGGAACUGGAAAGUUUUUCAUGGCUCUUUCUAUCGUUUAUAUCUUUGUACAACAGUUAUGAAUGUUUUUGGCUACUUGAAUAUUUACGUGAUUUUCCGUUUACCUCAAAAUACAUGUAAAGACUGUGUCUUAGCUCCAAUUUUCGAACAAAAGCACUUUUGGGGAUUAGAAAUUCUGAAUUACUUGUACGUCCAUAUGAAUACUCUGCGCCACAUGAUGUCACUCAUCGUAUCAUUCAACCGAUUUACCAUGGUCUUCCUUCCGUUCAGCUUUGAAAAAUUGUGGAUAGACUGGUGGAUUUACAUUUUGGUUAUUGGCUUUUUGGUUCCUUUCUCUGUUAAUCAUCCUGUUCUACUGGGUGUUUCAACAUAUCAGUAUGUGAAAGAUCUGGAUGUUUUCCAAACGAGAUCAACCAAUUACGUAACGCAGAUGUUUACGAACAUUAUAAUAUUGAAUUCUGCCAUAACACUAAUCAACCUUGUACUCACAAUUGCCACAUGUGUGAGGCUCUAUACCGUUCAGAUGAGAAAUCGGAGUGUUAUUCGCAGAACAGAGUUAAAUCUUUUUAUGAUGUCUGUUGCUACGUUUGCCGUCCACAUGCUUGAUAUCAUUCGCGUUACUAUUAAUAAUAUUCUCGGUGAUCACAUUAAUCGUUCAACGACAAUGAGUGUGAUUCUAAUGGUUGUUGAGCCCUACUUUGCCGAUGCCAUGACUUUACUGUCUCCACUUUUUCUGAUAAUCUGUAGUUCAGCUGUUCGACAGCAGGCUUUCCAACGCAAGCAAACUGUUUCCAUCUUGACAAACUCAGUCAAUCAGAAGACAGUUUAUAAUUAG